CCCAUGUGGUUUCUUACAAGCUAGUUUUCCUACCUGGAGCCCAUCUCAGUGCCUAUUCACCAAUCAUUUCAUGUUGCAGAUGGUUUUCCACACACCAUUUUUUCAACUAUAUAUACACAUGAUCAGGUUUAUGACCGAACUCAACUCGUUCUAUCAUUGCAAGCAUCAAAUUAAGCUUUCUCUGCUUACCAAGACCUCUUAAUUCUUUCCUUCCUUCUUUGGUCACUUGGUAUAUACAAACCAUGGGUUUCCGAUUACCACGAAAUGCCAGAACAAAGACAGCAGAUAUCCCAAAAGGCUAUUUUGCAGUUUAUGUUGGAAAGAACCAGAAGAAACGAUUUGUGGUUCCAAUAUCGUAUCUGAACCAACCUUUGUUUCUGGAUUUGCUGAGUCAGGCUGAAGAAGAAUACGGACACCAUCAUCCAAUGGGUGGUAUCACAAUUCCUUGCAGUCAAGACACCUUCCUUGCUCUCACUUCAAGCUUAAGUGUGUGAAGGAAGACUAAUGCAGUGGAUAUUGGAUCCAAAACCUCCUCAUUUUGAAACUAGCUGCUGAGUCAUGCUGAAGACAAGUCUACGCUUGAUGAUCCAACUGAAUGGAUGGACACCUGUUCAAGGAAAACUUCAAGAAUUUUGAAGCUGCAAUUGAGCUGAGCAGGAAGAAACAAAAUUUGUGAAGCAUGCAGAUGAUAAUGCCAUAUGAGCUCUGUAUAACAGAUGGCCCAUCAUUAGAGCUCCAACUUUUGUACUCACAAUUAAAAUUCUGUGCUGUCCCUUGUAAACUCCUUCAAUUGGUAUCAAGAAAAUUAUGGGAAUAUAUUUCAAAUC